GACGUCGUAUAUGCGCCAACACAGUAUACAUGUGGGACAGUUGCUGAGCAGAACAGCCUGUGCAGUUGUUUGGUUUGUGUAGCUGGUGUGGUUGGGUUUCAGGACGAUGACUGACUUUUAAACUAAUUUGUUUCCGGCGAAAAGUGAAGAACCGCGACCUGUUGUUAAAUGCAGCCAGCAGCCAACAAGCUAACAUCAACAGCUAGCUGACAGGGCAGCAUUAGUAAGCAGACAGACCUCACGAAUGGCUGACGACAGUGUGAAAGGUGAGGCUUCAGCCCAGCAGCAGAGGGAUGAUGGAGACAACAAGAAGACCGUGGGCAGUAAUGGAGAAGGAGCAGCAGAAAACCAAACAAUGUCCAAAAGGCAAAUGAAGAAGCUCCUGAAGCAGCAGAAAUGGGAAGAGGAGAGGGAGCUGAGAAAACAGAGACGAAAGGAGAGGAAGCAGCAGCGUCGCCUGCAGAGACAGAAUCACCAGGAGGAGGAGGAGGAGGGGGGAGACGCCCAGAGCGCCAGGAAGCGUCCACGCAGAGAGGUGACGCCCAGCUCUCUGAGGCUGGUUGUGGACUGCAGCUUUGACAACCUCAUGCUGAUCAAGGACGUCCGGAAGCUUCACAAACAGAUCCAGCGGUGCUAUGCUGAGAACAGGCGAGCAGUACAUCCAGUACAGUUUUAUCUGACAAGCCUGGGUGGACAGCUGAAACAGAGCAUGGAUGAAAAGGACAAAGGAUGGGUGAACUGGAAGGACAUUACCAUUAAAACUGAGCACUACAGUGAAGUCGUGGCUAAGGAAGAUCUGGUAUACCUGACGUCAGACUCUCCCAACGUGCUCGAGGAGCUGGACCAAAAAAAGGCCUACGUGAUCGGAGGCCUGGUGGACCACAACCAUCAUAAGGGGAUUACCUUUGAGAAGGCAAAGGAGCUGGGGAUCAAUCACGCCCAGCUUCCUCUGAGCAGCUUUGUCAAGAUGAACAGUCGGAAGGUUCUUGCAGUCAACCACGUGUUUGAGAUCAUCUUGGCGUAUCUGGAGAAAGGCAGCUGGCAGGAGGCCUUCUUCACCAUCCUGCCUCAGAGGAAAGGAGCUGUGGCUGUCGACCAGGAUGGAACAGCCGUUCAGGACAAAGAGGAGGAAGAUACAGACUCAGACUCUGACCCCGACCCCACACCAGAGCAAACUGAGAAAAGCCCAGAUGGACAACUCCAAACAAAGUUAUAACAUCUGAUACUAUGGGAACGAAGAGGAUGGGGAAAUGAAAAUGUUUGGAUUUACUGAUGCUAAGGCUAUAUUAGAAAGUUUAUGUUUCUAUCUUCAAAAUUUCAAAAAGCUUUUUGUUUUUUACUAGAUAUUUAUUGAAAAUUUUACUUUGUGCUGAUUUAAUUUCUCAGCUUAGUUGGACUGCUGAUAUGAAUGAAAAUUUCAGUUUUGCUGAAGAUAGACUUAUUAGAUUCAAGAACAUACAUUUUAGAUGUGAUUUUGGAUGUAUACAUUUUUAUUUUGUUUGGAGCUGAAAGCUAAAGCUGUCAGACCUGUGCCAAAGGACCCAUUUAAAAGAAACCAUUUAAUACAGAAUGAAGUCAGCUCAUGACCAUCAUUCUCACUGGUCCUGGAAUUCCUGCAGUUUAUGGAACUUUUUGACAAUAUUGUCAGGAUAUAGAAUUUGAUAUUUUUUUGUAUAUUUUUAUUUUGUUUGUAAAUUGAAGUUACAGAGAAAGAACAUGUCAGAGUGACUUAUGUUUUUAAGAUUCUUGAAGUGUAUUUAGAUGAUGUGUUGUCCUUGGUAAAUCCAAAAAGAGUAUUGAGGACUAAGGACACCAACAGGAGUAUUGUACAGUGUGAGACUUGGCACUAUUAGCCAGUUUUAAGUGUUUUGGCAUAAUAUGGCCCUCUGGGCACAAGUUCCCACUGUUGCAGUUAGUUUAUGGUAAUUUGGUAAGACUACACUCACCGCUAAAGCACAAUAUAAACCAAAAUGUUAAGAGCCUUAAAGUAACAUCCUAUAUUAUUACCUGACCUUGAGGCCGAGGCUUAAAUCUAGUUUGAAAACCUUUUUUAUUAUUACAUUACAAUAAAGUAAUUUUUCUUUUUUGCUGGGGAUCUGUAAGGACCCACCACUUUACAGACCCUGUGUGAAAGCUGAUCCUCAACUGUCUCCAUAGGUUAAUCAUAAUCCAUCAAAGGUUAAAAUAUAUUAUACUGUAUAUAUAUAUAUUCAAAGCCACAACACUGGGAAACUAUGUGCGGAACACUAUCAAUUGUCAACAGCGGCAGUGCAGACAGGUAAAAUUUAGAGAAAGAUUGUAAUGACACAUACUGUAUGAAUAAGGUCAGGCAUCUAAAACACGCAUAGGUACGGUACUGAUGAAUAGGAUAGACAACCGUGGUUGCUCUAGUAACUGAACCCGGAAGUUGUAGUAUCCAUGGUAACAAGGUAAGGGGACGCGAAGGCGGAGAAGAGUAGGCUUUAUUUAGAUGAAGCUACAGCUAAUCCGUCUUAUUACCUCAGAGUGGAGAGUCCAAUGUCUCGAAAAGCACUGAAAGUGGUUGUUGAAUUAAAGUUCAGAGCGGUAAGA